AUAAACUCAUAUCACAUAUACGUUAUUACAUUUAUUGUAUUACCGAUGUACAAUAAAUCUUAUAUCUUUAAAUCUCCACUUACCCCUGAAACAUUUCGUAAUAGUGAUAGAAGUUUUGCUAUUUCUAAGCCAAGAAAUUAUAAAACCUCUAUGUAUCUACAAAAGCCAUUUCAUAAACAUAAUUCUAAAAAAGCUUCACAAGAAUCUCAACUUUAUGUAAAUGCGAGUCAGAAUAUAUUAAAUAACAUAACCGAACUAGAACAAAGUAAGCAAGAAUUGCCUGUACAAAAAUUUCCAAACAAUAAAGAUAGUCGUAUAUUUUACAAUAAAUUUUCAUAUAUUAUAGCUAUGCAUAAAAUAGGUAGCCAGAUUCCUGAUAAAUAUGAAAUUGAAAUGAAUUUAUCAGGAUUAACUAUAAAAUAUAAGACUAAAUAUCAGCAAACUGGUAAUAUUAGUUAUAAGAUUAGUUGGAUAAAUUCUUAUG